CCGGCCACGUCAGGGACAGUGACAGGUGGCGCCACCGCGGCCACGUGCGGCCGGCAGCGCAAACCGACCCGAACUCGGACGCCGUUCGCCGGCGCUGGUCAGCUGUGCGCCCCUCGGCAGCAGCCAUGCAGCUGGUGAGGUGCUCGCGCGCCCUGCUGAACUCCAGCACCCAUCGGCUGCUGGCCCGGCGCGGCCUACGCGCCUCCUGCCUGCGCGCCGCCAGCGGCACGCCUCUGCCGGAAAAUGUCGACACCUGCAUCAUCGGGGGAGGCGUGGCCGGCUGCAGCAUCGCCUACCACCUGGCUAAGCAGGGCCAGAAGGACGUGCUGUUGCUGGAGAAGACCGAGCUGACGGCCGGCUCCACAUGGCACGCCGCCGGCCUCAUCACGUUCUUCCAUCCCGGCAUCAACGUUAAACACCUCCACUACUACAGCAUGAACCUGUACAGCCAGAUUGAGCAGGAGACGGGCCAGCAGGUGGGAUUUCACCGGUGUGGUAGUCUACGUCUGGCGCACGACGAGGAGCGCAUGGACGAGCUCAGGUUCCAGAUGAGCCGCUCGGGUCACCUGAAGAACCCACAGAAGAUCGCCAAUCCCGACGAAGUCUACGACCUCUGUCCCAUACUCAACAUGGAAGGCAUCAAGGGAGGCCUGUACAGCCCGUACGACGGCCACAUCGACCCGUACUCGCUGACCCAGGCGCUGGCGGCCGGCGCCCGCCUCUACGGCGCCACCGUGCGCCCCCACUCCGAGGUCACGGCCCUCCGGCUGCUCGAGGACGGCCGCUGGGAGGUCACGCUACCCCAGGGCACACUGCGUGCCCAGCGGCUGGUGAACGCCGCAGGGUUCUGGGCCAAGGAGGUCGGGAAGAUGGCCGGCGAGGACCUCCCACUGGUGCCCAUCCACCACCAGUACGUGGUGACGUCCUCCAUACCAGAGGUCAAGGCGCUGAAGCGUGAGUUUCCGGUGCUGCGCCACCUGGAGGGCUCCUACUAUGUCCGUCAGGAGCGGGACGGCCUUCUGAUCGGGCCCUAUGAACACCCGGACCGCAUGAGUCUCUCCGAGGACUGGGUCCUGAGGGGCGUCCGGCCAGGGUUCGGUCGCGAACUGUUCCCGCCGGAUCUGGACCGCAUUGAGCCCAACCUAGAAAUGGCCAUGGAGCUGCUGCCCUGUUUUGCUGAGGCGAGCAUCCAGAGCGUAGUGAACGGACCCAUCACCUACUCGCCGGACGUGCUGCCCAUGGUGGGCCCCACACUGCUACCCAACAUGUGGGCCGCCGUCGGCUUCGGGUACGGUAUCGUGCACGGCGGCGGAGUGGGCAAGUUCCUGGCCGACUGGAUACAGCAGGGCGAGCCGCCGUAUGACCUGAUCGAGGUGGACCCAUGCCGCUACGGGCCCUGGACCACCGACAGCUACAGCCUGGCCAAGUGUCGCGAGAGCUACGGCAUGAACACAGCGUUGGGCCUGCCGCGUGAGGAGCGCUGGGCAGGUCGGCCCACCAGCCGGGUCAGCGGGGCUCACGCGCAGCUGGUGGCGCGCGGCGCCUCCAUGGAGCAGCACACCGGGUGGGAGCAGCCGGCGUGGUUUGCCGAGCCCGGCACCGAGCCCGAGUACAGGCCCAGCUUCCAGCGCACCAACUGGCACGAGCGGGUCGGCGACGAGUGCCGCACCGUCAUGGAGCGGGUCGGCGUCAUCGACAUCACGCCCUUCGCCAAGUUCUACCUCUCGGGUCCGGACGCCCGUGCACUUCUGGAGUACGCCACGGCGAACACGAUACCCGCCACCUGGAGGACCUGCAUCACGCACUGCUUGACCCCCGGCGGCAAGGUCAUGGCCGAGCUGACCCUGACCUCCCUCCCCGAUGAGAGGUUCCUCAUCAUCACCGGCACGGGCAGCGAGUUCCAUGACCUCAGGUGGCUGAACGAACUGGUGCGACAAAAGAACUUCAACGUCUCGUUUGAGAACGCAACCGAGGCCACUGGUGUCCUCAGCAUUGCUGGGCCAAAGAGCUGGGACCUUCUGAAGAAGCUCACAGAUCACGACGUCUCCAAAUUUCCCUUCCUUAGCGUCAAAGAGAUCGAGCUGGCGGGGGUGAAGAGCCUGGCCAUGCGGAUCUCGUACACGGGCGAGCUGGGAUGGGAGCUCUACCACCCACGCGAGCAGACCGGCCGCCUGUACGAAGCCAUACUGAAGGCCGGCAAGGAGUUCGGCAUCGGUGACUUCGGCACUCACGCGCUGGGAGUGAUGCGCAUCGAGAAGGGCUUCCGCGGAUGGGGCUCUGAGAUGAACUGCGACGUCGGCCCGCACGAGGCCGGGCUGGGCAUGUUUAUACGGUCGGAUAAGGAGUAUGUGGGCAAGGCGGCGGCGGAGCGGAGUCGCCGGAUGGGCCUGCAGAAGAUGGUGGUGCACCUCAGCAUCGACAGUGAUAACGUCGACCCAAUAGGCGACGAGACCGUGUACCUGUACGACAAGGUGGUCGGCAACACGACCUCCGGCUGCUACAGCCACAACACCGGCCAGACUCUGGCCAUGGCGUACGUGCCGCCGUACCUGGCCGUCGCCGGCACCGAGGUGCAGGUGGCGCUGCUGGGCGAGCGGCGGCCCGCCGUGGUGCUGCCUGGUCCUCCGCUGCUGACUCAGCCGGCCAGAGACGCGCUGAAGCGCAAGGCCACCAAGGCCAAGGCCAAGUAGAGACGGAGCCAGCCACGCGGGGAUUUUUCUACUCACUGUGGUGCAAUGGAUAUGCACUACACAAGCUCAUUGUGUAAUUUUGUGUGAUGCCUUGGUGGGAUUUGUACUGUGCAAUACGAAGUGUCGGGAAUAUAUGAGGGCCUGGUUCGACA